AUGUUGAAACUCUGGCUAUGUCCUCUCUUUAGCUGCUGCCGCAGAGGUGAGGUGGAAAGCGGUCCUCCGAUGAGAACGGAUGAGGUAAACAACCCGAUCAGUGUGGAGAUGCCCACGAUAGACACCGCCAAAACCUCAACGAAUUCGCUAAUCCAGGAGACGACUUUGGACAACGAUCAAACAAAACAGGUUAAGUCUGAACCGGAUGCCUUAGUUUCGCUAAAGACCCUGGCGGCAUCGGAAGAGCCACAUGCCGAAGGUCCAGUCACUAUUAUACAAGACGACAACAUAGCACCCGACCAAGUACUGGAGGCUAUUCAAUACGUUCGUCGGCAGGGAGCGCAGUGUAUUGUCCCUGAGCGAAGCACGAGAACUCCUCUUGAAAUGGACGCUUUCUUCCCCGCAGACAACCCUGGAUCAGAAGAGAGGAUGUGGACACCCAUCAGCAAAUGGCCCAAAGACGGCGAGCUCAAGGACCGCGACGAUUGGGGGAAUCGUGCUCACGGGCUGUUGGUGUUUUCCCAGAAUCAUAUACAUAUUCUGGACCACCAGGCGUUCCUGGGGCGUGCACCAAUCCUUCGUGCCGAAACCACUACCCAUUUACAACGGAUUCAAAGCGCCACAGAAAAUGAUUUCGAUCAGAUUGGCUUGCCUUCUGAGAGCUAUGCAGCCAGACUAAGAAGAUAA